AUGGACAAUCAAGGUCAGGGUCCACCGCUCUCCCCCACUAACGGUACAGCACCCGACGGAUCCGCCGCUUCUGGCGCUGACGCUGCUCCCGACGACGCGGGAAUUAAGAUGGUUCUUCCCAACAUUAGUUUCUCCAUGGGCCAACCUACCAUCGGCGCAACCGGCGGACCGCCUGGCGGAGUCCCCCCCGGUGGGCCUUCCCCCCAUGGCGGACCAACCCCCGCGCUUCCCCCCUAUCCUCCGCCGUCGAAUGAGGGUUACCCGCCUUCCGGCGGAGGAUACCCGCCGGAUUCUGCGCCGCGUUCCACGGGGCUCGGCGCGCUUGGCAUCGGCGGGGACGGGGGAGACAUGCGCGGGGAUACGCGCGGGGAGCACGGGGAACACAGGCAGAAGCGCUCCGCGGGGGAGAUGUACGGCGGGGAACCGGGCGACUCCGCGUGGGGUGGGGAGCGGGGGGAGCGCGGGGAGCGCGGAGGUGGUCCAGGCGGAGAGAGGGGUGGGGGGAGCGGGGAGCAGAAGCGGUGGCCGGGAUGGCCGGGGGAUAACGUGUUCCGGUUCGUGGUGCCGAUGGGGAAGGUGGGGAGCAUCAUAGGGCGGCGCGGCGAGUAUGUGAAGAAGAUCUGCGACGAGACCAAGGCGCGCGUUAAAAUCGUGGAGGGCGCUCCGGGCACUGACGACCGCGUGGUGCUGGUUUCAGGAAGAGAGGACCCUGAUUUAGAGCUCCCGCCAGCCGUGGUGGCAAUGAUGCGUGUGCACCGUCGGAUCGUGGAGGGCGUAUCAGAGGACGAUAUCGAGGCGUCUCAGCCGGGGGAGGGGUUCCGAGGGCAGGUGGCCACUCGCUUGCUGGUGCCUGCAACGCAGGCUGGGAGCUUGAUUGGCCGGCAGGGGCAGACCAUCAAAGCGCUGCAGGACAGCACGGGAGCACACAUCCGGAUCCUUUCUCUCGAGGACGUGCCGCCAUGUGCAUUGGAGGACGAUCGGGUGGUGGAGGUGACGGGGGAGUAUGCGUGUGUGCAUGAGGCUGUGAAGGGCGUCACUCUGCAUCUCAGGCGCUUCCUCUGUGACCACUCCGUGCUGCCGCUCUUUGAGCAAUGCCGCUCCUUCCCUCCCCCUAUGGACCCCAGGGGUGCGCCCUACUCUUCCCCUUCUGGCCACGGAGGCGGGUGGGGGAACCCUCCUCCGGGGGGGAUGCACUCUCCCCCCCACCGCUCCCGCUUCGACCUCCCUCCCUCUGCUGCGCCUGACCCCUAUGGCUCCCUCUCUUCCCUGGGAAGCAUGGGGGGUGCUGACAGGUACGGCUCAGCCAUGGGAGGCCUGGGAGCAGGGGGGCCAGCAGCGGGGCCAGGGGGGGGAAUGGAUGCGAGUGGGCAGUUGCGGGCCGCACUAUCCAAGUAUGGGAGGGAGACGCCUGCUGCUGCUGCCGCUGCUGCCAUGACCAACACUGUCUCGCCUGUCGUCACUCAGGUCAGCGCCACAAUGCAGAUCCCCCUAUCAUAUGUCGAUGCCAUCAUCGGCCCCAACGGCACCAACAUUGUCUUCCUGCGCCGCACCAGCGGAGCCGCAGUGACCAUUCAGGAGAGUCGGGGGGCGGGAGGGCAGCCGGAGAUGACGGUGGAGGUGCGGGGCAGUGCGACUCAGGUGCAGACGGCACAGCAGCUGAUUGAGGGUUUCAUGAAUUCACACACAGGCUAUGCCGAACCUGCGCCUGCGCCUGCACCAUCAGCUUCGGCGUACGGGUCUGCUGCAGCGUCAGCUCCGGCGUAUGGCUCGGCACCGACAGACCUGUCAGGCUAUGGCUCAUCCCUUUACCCUCCCAGCUCUGCUGGGGGUGGUGCUGGGACCGGGGCUCUGCAGGGGGUGGUGCUGGGGCUAGCGGGGCAUAUGGGUCAUCAGGAGGAGAUGGGCGACGAUCGACCGUCGGACGAGGCGAUUUUAGCGCAGCAGAAUGCGAUGAGGGAACAGGAAGCUCAGUGGUACCCGCUUGUCGGCGAGAAGGAGCCGUUGUCGGCAUUGGCGUCGGAAUACGCAGCGGGAAGCACCGCGUUUCAAGACAAGAUCGAGCACCUAGCAGCGGAGUACGAGGCCAUCAGGCGGACUCGAGGAGAUGGAAACUGCUUCUUCCGCUGCUUCCUCUUCGCACUCCUGGAACAUCUGUUACAAGGAGGCAGCAAGGAGGAGUGCGCGCAAGUGAGGGAGCGAGUGGCGCGCAGCGAGCAGAGGCUGAGAGACCUCGGGUACACCGAGUUCACAUGGGAGGACUUUGCCGCUGAAUACCGGGAGCUUCUAUAUGCCGUGGACCCAUCCAGUGCAGCAGAGAAGACCACGGUGGAUGGCUUGUUGAAGCGCUGUCAAGACCCAGACUGCUCCAACUACGCGGUCAUGUUUCUGCGCUUCAUCACAUCAGCUGACAUCCAGCACCGAGCGGACUUCUUCCAUCCCUUCCUGCCCGACGCCGCGGCUGCCGUGGGUGGGCCAAAGGAGGCAGCCAAACUGUUCUGUCACAAGGCGGUCGAGCCAAUGGGGGAGGAGAGCGAUCACGUGCACGUCACAGCCAUCACAGAUGCCCUCGCCGUACCCAUCCGGAUCGUUUACCUUGACCGCAGCGCCGGGCAGGCGAAUUUUCAUGAGUUCCUGCCCGAGGAGAGUGUACAGGCAACUCCUGCAAUGACGCUGCUGUAUCGACCAGGGCACUAUGACAUUCUGUACCCAAAACAGAAAUGA